AUGAGAGCAGAUCUGAAACAGUUGUUUAAUGUAAAUGUUAGCUAUGGAAAGUGCAAGAGGGCUAAAAGACUGAUUUUGGAGAAGUUGGAAGGUAGUUUUACAGAUGACUAUAAGAAACUUGAGGCUUGUGCCAAUGAGCUAAGGGACACUAACCCAAGGAGUGAUAUUGUCAUUAACUUGACAAAGGAUGCACUUGCUGGAGGUAAAAGAAAGUUUCUGAGAAUGUAUAUUCGCCUUCAAGCUCUCAAGAUGGGCUUUAAUUUAGGUUUGAGACCAUUUGUUGGCUUAGAUGGGACAUUUUUAAAAGAAAAAGCUAGAGGACAGUUGUUAGUUGCUGUUGGACUGGACAGUAAUAACCAAACAUAUCCUAUAGCUUGGGCAGUAGUGGAUAAAGAAACAAAAAGGACAUGGACUUGGUUCUUGGAAUUGCUUCAAAGGUCACUAGAUCUCAAGGAGGGUGAAGGCAUCACCUUCAUGUCAGAAAUGCAAAAGGGAUUAAUUGAGGUUGUGAACAAUGUGCUUCCUAAUUCGCAUCAUAGAUUCUGUGUUAGGCACAUUGAGUCAAAUUGGUGCAAAAAAUGGAGAACAACAGAGUUCAAGAAGUUAUUAUGGUGGAGUGCCUGGAGUUCUUAUGAAGAAGAUUUCAAGGACCAGUUGAGGUCCAUUGGUGAACUUGAUAAGCAAGCUGCAGAAGAAUUGAUGAAGUAUCCUCCUCAAGCUUGGUGUAAAGCUUAUUUAGAUACUGUGUGCAAGAACCAAAAGGUAGAGAACAACUUCACUGAAUCUGUCAAUGCAUGGUUUCUUGAAGCUAGGCACAAACCCAUCAUCAAAAUGCUUGAGGAAAUUAGAGUUAAGGUGAUGAACCAAAUGAGGGAAAGAGAGGAAGCAGUGAGGUCAUGGACAAAUGAACUCAGCCCACAUAGCCUGGAAUUGUACAAGAAGUACUUGAAGAUAGCUAAUAAGUGUCAUGUUCAUUCCAAUGGUGACCUAGGCUAUGAAGUUUCAGAAGGGCUGGACAGGCAUACUGUUAACAUGACUUUGAAGAAAUGCACAUGUAGGAUUUGGGAUCUUACUGGAAUUCCAUGCCCCCAUGCCAUUAAGUCCAUACAACAUAUGAAGUUGGACCCUUUCAAGGAAUUCAACUAG